AUGUCUCUUCCUCGCCCACUUGCCGCGGGCAUUGCCGGCCCAAGGCCUGAAAUACUACAACAGGACGGCCGCAACCGUGGCCUGGAGCAGGCCUACUACCCAUGCGACCCGGCCGAUGGGCCCGACUGCCAGUUCCCGUUGCCAUUCGUAGUCGACGAAGCCAGUAUGGCCAAUACCCUGGACUCAAGCGAUCCACCUGUUGACAUCAUUCAAGAGGAACAGGCCACUCCAUGGAGCUCCUCUAAGUCAUUCGAGGGGGCCACCUCCGCCCUUAGCUCUACUGGUUCGUUGGAUGAUGACAUGGAAUGGGCGGUCGACUUGGGCUGGCCAACCUCCGAAGCAGGAACCCCCUCUCAGUUCCUCGAAUCGUCCGUCACAACCGCCGUCGACGACUUGGAAAAGCCAAUUAAUUAUAAGGCGGCUCCUCAAAUUGUUUCCCCAGCGAAAAAACAACAGUCGAUCGAUAUUGUUGUGGUCAGCGACACAAAAUCCGAGUCCAGUGCACGCGUUAGUGCACCGCUUCCGCCGUCUUCCCCGGGCCGGCCUAAAAUAAACGCAUCUUCGCAGUCUUUCUACGGACUGCGCGACGCUGUCUACCGCUCGCUCGGCAACAGCCAACAAAAUAUUGUUCGUGCUCUGGCCGUCUCUGAAGAUAACACGCCAGACGCUAGCAGAACCGCGAACCCAGUGCCUGCUGGCGAGUCGGAUUCUUACGACGGCUCUUGGUGGAUGCUCGAAAGUGAUGCGGCUUUACAAGCGUAUAUUGCAGGCAAUUUCAUUCCCAAGGCCAACAUCGAGGCACGGCUUAGGGAGGCCCGUCUCCCGGAAGCAAGCCACCUCGUCCGCGGUUUCGCAAGCGCUGUCAUCGCUCUGGGCGCAUACUAUCACCGACAGCACGUAUACGCCAUUGUUACCGAUUGCAGUGCUCAGAAGCAGAAGCAGAAGCAGAAGCAGAAGCAGAAGGAGAGUUCCUCUUGCUCACAUAACGCUGAAGGCGGAAACCUCGAAGACGCCCGGGCAUCGUGGCGUCUACGUGCCGCUCUUGCAUUCCGCGGGUGUGUGCGAGGGCUGCCUAGUCAGCCGCUCAAACUCCAGUUAACUCUACUGAGCCCCUUUUUGCUCGUGCAUCUUGUGCACUGCUCUCCUUCUUUACUGACAAUUCCUCGCUACCGUCAGGCUUCUAUUGCCAGCGAGUGCAAUAUACCAUCUCUUGUCACCGAGAAUGUGGCAAUCGCCGUCAUGCAUGUUCGCGAACUGGACUUGGCACAGAUUAAUCCUGACGAUGAGGAGUCUGUUCUCAGCUCGGCUUACUCGUAUGUGCUUGACGUGUCUUACGCUCUUAACCGAGGAGCACCUCCGAUGCUCGAUUGCGACUGGGUGGAUGGUUCGGGCCCUGUAAGCCACAGAUCCGAAGAGGACCUACUGGGCAUACGGUCACUGGCGGCUGUGAUGCAUCGUUGUUUGAGGAGGCAGUUCAGUCCCCGGGCGUCUUACGCGUACUCUUCAGCGGCGGUGACUGGCGGCGGCAGAAGGCAAAGCCAUUGGAAGUCCCAGGAACAGCUGCGAUACUGGGUCGAAGCCUUCCCCGACCUGAACUUGCGGAUCACGCCUGGUAACACCGGCUGUCUGCCCACCAGCACCGCACGCAUGGCCUUCUGCAUGUAUCACCGCGCUGUCUUCCUAACAAAUUGCCCGUGGAUUGUUGCCGCUGCUGAGUUUGACGCUGAGCCCAUGUCCGAGCAUGACGGAGACGGGGAUCAAGAUGCUCUUGGACAUGGGUGCUGCAUUCGGACGUGCUUGGAAUCGGCCCAGCAGGUGAUUGAUGCCAUCCCUUGCUUUUUCUCCCAGUCGUCGUCCGGCACAAAGCUCGAGAGGGAAGUUCCAGGGGAGCAUAGACGAAAGGCGGUUGCACUGGGCGGGCUAUGUCACGGAUCCCUGGCCCGUAUAAGCCUUGACGAGAACGAUGCCAAGAGCGACGGCGAUGGCGAUGGCGUUGACAACGGUCACGGCCAUAGCGGUCACCACCCGACUCUUGAGCGAUUUAGUUUGCUCAUGUCAAUCGCCGAUCGCUGUGAUCCCACGUAG